AUGUCUCCGCGGUCAAGUACCGACGUGUCGCAGCUAGACCUCGGCGAAGAAAAAGCCCACACUGGCUUUAAAAGACGUUCUAGCGAUAGGAGCGACGACCAAUUCGACCACACCAAGUCCGAGGGUGUAGCUUAUGCUCCGAUAACCUCCCCGGGUACUCACGACGAAGGCAACGCGCCGCUCCAGAAACAGCGCUCGAAUGCGUCCAAAUCAGUCACAUCCAGGUCCCUGGAACGCAGCUGGUCAUUGAACGACGGUGUCAGUAUUGGCGGCCAUGAAGUCGAUGAGGCUGUGGUGGCGAAUGAGGAUGGAGCAUAUACCGUGAGCUGGGACGAGAACGAUCCUAUGAAUCCGCGCAAUAUGAGCAAACCCCGACGGUGGUUAGUUGUCAUCAUUGUCUCCCUUGGCUCACUUUGCGUGACUUGUGCCUCUUCGAUGUAUACCACGACAUAUGCCCAGUUGAUGAGUGAGUUCGGAUGCUCACAAGAAGUUGCGACUCUUGGAUUGUCUUUUUUCAUUUGGGGUCUUGGUAUUGGGCCAUUGUUCCUAAGUCCAUUAUCAGAAUUCUUUGGCCGGAGAAUCAUCUACAUCACAUCAUUCUCGCUGUUUCUCCUAUGGUUAAUUCCAUGCGCGGUGGCUAAGAACACCGAGACCAUGAUUAUCGCUCGGUUUUUCAGUGGACUGUCAGGCAGUGCCUUUUUGAGUGUCGCUGGAGGUACUGUUGGUGACAUGUUUGAUCGCCAUGAGCUUGCGUUUCCUAUGAUGCUCUACACUGCGAGCCCUUUUAUAGGCCCCGAAGUAGGCCCCUUGGUUGGAGGCUUCAUCAAUGCAUUUACCACAUGGCGUUGGGUGUUUUAUGUGCUCCUGAUUUGGACAGGGGCGAUGCUUGCCUCGAUAAUAUUCUUGGUUCCAGAGACCUAUCACCCAGUACUUUUGAGGCGUAAGGCGCAGAAGCUACGUCGGGAAACCGGAGACGAGCGAUGGAAAGCUCCCAUCGAAAAGCUACAGCGUUCUAUAACUCAGACGGUUGUACAUUCUAUGUACCGCCCUAUGCUUCUGUUGACGGAGCCGAUGUGUCUAUGCCUUUGCAUUUUCUCGGCCAUUCUGUUGGGCAUUCUGUACCUCUUCUUUGGUGCUUUCCAGCUAGUUUUCCAUGAUGUCUAUGAUCUAGCAAUCUGGCAGCGUGGAAUGUGUUUCCUUGGUUUGUUUGUCGGAAUGGUUAUAGCCAUUUUGUCAGAUCCUAUCUGGCGCCGAAAUUACGUUCGCUUGGAGCGCAACCAUGAGAAAGCGACGAAAAAGCUCGAUGACUUCCAGCCGGAGUGGCGACUGCCCCCCGCCAUCCUGGGAGGACCCUUGGUUACGAUGGGACUUUUCAUUUUUGCUUGGACAAUCUACCCUAAUGUCCAUUGGAUUGCACCUAUCAUUGGCAGUGCUGUUUUUGGUGCAGGGUAA